CUGCAGGGCACGGGGAUGCCGUGUCCUCUCCUAAACUCUCUUUUCCCUCGGGAACACUGCUGUGAAAACUCCCCCGUAAGGCAGAAGGAGCCCGGGGAGCGGGAGGCAGCGCAGCCGUCCCGGGGCCGGCGAGUCCCGGCAGCGCUGCCCGAGCGCGGCUCGGGGAUGGACGGGGCGCCGGGGGAAGCCGGCUCGUCCCGUUCUGCGGAUCUGCCGGGGAGACACAGCCCUCGGAACAGCAUCGGGGAGCGGAGAGGCAGCCGGAGGAGGCACGGGGCGGUCCCCACUCACCGCCCGGCCCCAGCGGCCCCGGCGCCCAUGGCGCAGCCGGCGCAGCCCGGGCUGAUGGCGCAGAUGGCGAGCACGGCGGCCGGCGUGGCCGUGGGCUCCGCCGUGGGACACGUCGUGGGCAGCGCCAUCACCGGCGUCUUCAGCGGCGGCUCCUCCGAGCCGGCCAAGACGGCCGCGCCUGCCCAGGAGCCCCGGCCUGUGAUGCAGCAGUCGCCGUACGGACCCUGCCACUAUGAGAUGAAACAGUUCCUGGAAUGCGCUACCAACCAGAGAGACCUGACCCUGUGCGAGGGCUUCAACGAGGCUCUGAAGCAGUGCAAGUACAGCAAUGGUGUUACUUCUCUCCUGUGAAGAAUUUGCCCCCUAGUAGGGAAGAGGAUCAUGGUGUAGAGCCCUGCCAUCCACAGGGAGCGGAAGGACAGGAGUGAGCUGGAGGGAGCAGGCUGACCAGACAGGAGUAUUCUAGUGGUAAUUCACUUCUGAACUAGUAGGGAAGGAAAGGAAUGAUUGGACCCAAGGGUCUUUAGUAUUCAGAUAGUGCUGUAUUUAUUACAGAGAAAUAAAAGAAUUUAUUUGGACCUA